GGGGGGGAGGAAAGGAGAAAGUGCGCGCGCGCCGCUCCCGCCCGCCCUCGCGCUGAGGUAGCGGACUCCAGUCACGGCCGAGCGAGAAGGCAGACGGGCGGGUGCCGCGGCGCGGAGCCGCCUGCUCGGCCCCCCCACCUCCCCCGCCUUACCGGCCCCGCGGGCGCGACCUGUGGGGGUGAGGGCCCCGCGCUGCCCGCCGGCCGGCCGCCCCCCGCGCCGCCUCGGGGCGCUAUGAGCCAUGAAGCCGCCCGGCAGUAUCUCCCUGCGGCAGCCCCGCCGCGGCCGCCCCGCGCUCCUGUCGCUCCUCGUCGUGCCGCUCCUGCUGCUCCACGGCUCCGCCCGCUCCCGGGCUGCGGCGGCAGACGACCUGCAUUGGAAUGAAACGGCAGGCAGAACUGAGGGGGUACUGGCAGAUGAAGAGAAUGCAUUUCAACUGAAUAAAAGCAGCAACAGAGAAAAUAACAGCUACAGCAGUGCAGUCCAGAAAGAAAUCACACUGCCUUCAAGACUCAUUUAUUACAUUAACAAGGACUCUGAAACCCCUUACCAUGUCCUGGAUACUAGGGCAAGGCACCAGCAGAAACACAAUAAGGCUGUACAUCUGGCCCAGGCAAGUUUCCAGAUUGAGGCCUUUGGUUCCAAAUUCAUCCUUGACCUCACUUUAAAUAAUGAUUUGUUAUCUUCCAAUUAUGUGGAGAUUCACUAUGAAGAUGGGAAACAGAAGUUUUCUAAGGGUGGGGAGCACUGUUACUACCAUGGAAAUAUCAGAGGUAUCAAGAAUUCCAAAGUUGCUCUUUCAACUUGUAAUGGACUUCAUGGCAUGUUUGAAGACAGUGCUUACGUGUACUUGAUAGAACCUGUGGAUUUGACUCACAGUGCAGAAAGUAAAAGUAGGCCACAUAUCAUCCAGAGAACUUAUGGAACACAAACCUCCAAGCAGCUGCAGGACCUUGAGACUGAAUCUAGUUCUGAAUGGCCCUUUAUCUCUGAACUACUGUGGCUGAGGAGAAAGAGAAGAAGGAGAGCAGCAUCUCGUGGUGUCUUUGAAGAAAUGAAAUAUCUGGAGCUCAUGAUUGUCAAUGACCACAAAAUGUUCAAAAAGCAUCGUUCUUCAAAUGCAUACACAAACAAUUUUGCAAAAUCUGUGGUGAACCUUGUAGAUGCUAUAUACAAGGAACAGCUGAACACCAGGGUGGUCCUUGUUGCUGUGGAAACUUGGACAGACAGAGAUCGUAUUAAUGUUCACCCUGACCCACUGCAGAUGCUUCAUGAUUUCUCCAGAUAUCGGCAGCACUACAUCAAACAGCACGCUGAUGCUGUGCACCUUCUCUCGAAUGUGACGUUUCAUUACAAAAGGAGCAGCUUAAGUUAUUUUGGAGGCGUUUGCUCUGUGACCAGAGGAGUAGGAGUGAAUGAGUAUGGCCUCCCAUUAGCCAUGGCGCAGGAAUUAGCACAAAGCCUUGCUCAGAACCUUGGGAUACAAUGGGAGCCAGCUGCCAGGAAACCGAAAUGUGACUGCACUGAAUCCUGGGGUGGUUGCAUCAUGGAAGAAACAGGGGUGUAUCAUUCCAGAAAAUUCUCCAAGUGCAGCAUAGCAGAAUACAAAGAAUUUUUACUUCGUGGGGGAGGUGCCUGUCUUUUCAACAGGCCAACAAAGCUCUUUGAAGCUACUGAGUGUGGAAAUGGAUAUGUAGAAGCAGGAGAAGAAUGUGAUUGCGGUUUCCGAAUGGAGUGCUAUGCAGACUGUUGUAAGAAGUGCUCUCUUUCUAAUGGAGCUCAUUGUAGUGAUGGACCUUGCUGUAAUACAUCAUGUCUUUUUUUUCCACGAGGCUAUGACUGUAGAUAUGCAGUGAAUGAAUGUGAUAUUGCGGAGUUCUGCACGGGAGAUUCUGGCCAGUGUCCACCAAAUCUUCAUAAACAAGAUGGAUACGCUUGUGAUUCUAAUCAAGGUCGUUGCUAUAAUGGUGAAUGCAAGACAAGAGAUAAUCAGUGCAAAUAUAUCUGGGGAUCUAAGUCUUCAGGAUCUGACAAAUUUUGCUAUGAGAAGCUUAAUACAGAAGGCACAAAAAAAGGAAACUGUGGAAAGGAUGGAGACCGAUGGAUUCAGUGUAGCAAACACGAUGUUUUCUGUGGUUUUUUGCUCUGCACUAAUCUUACUAAAGUUCCGCGAGUUGGUCAAGUUCAAGGAGAAAUUAUCCCAAAUUCUUUUUAUCAUCAAGGACGAAUAGUAGACUGCAGUGGUGCUCAUGUUCUUUUAGAUGAUGAUACAGAUUUAGGUUAUGUAGAGGAUGGAGCUCCGUGUGGUCCUCAAAUGAUGUGUCUGGACAAAAAGUGCCUGCCAAUUCAAUCCUUGAACAUAAGCAGCUGUCCCAUUGGUUCUAAUGGAAAAGUCUGUUCCGGUCAUGGGGUGUGCAGUAAUGAAGCCACUUGCAUUUGUAAUUUCUCCUGGGCUGGGACAGACUGCAGUAUUGAUGAUCCUAUCAGGGAUACUGGUAACAAGAAAGAUGAAGGACCCAAGGGAUCUGGUGGCCUUAAUGACGCAUGCAUAUAGAAGAAAAAUAAAGCUAACUAUAUCUCAGCCCAGGUGAAAACAGAAAACAGUUUGCCCUUUCUUCUGAAAAAGACAGUUCUUACUUCACGUUGUGCUGCUUUCCAGUAUUGAUGCUUUCAGAAGGACCCAGGACCUGCUGCAUUCUUUCUGGUAUUUCUCCCAGUGCUGUUCUGGGCUUCGUGCAAUGCACCAGAGCUGGCGGGGAGCAGGGGAGCAGCGUUCCCUGCAUGUCCUCUUGGCACUGGCACAAGGUGCAGGCUGUGUGGUGGUAGCAGAGUCGCAGCGCUGGUGUUCCGGGCUCCUCAUCUGCUUCAGUAAGAACAGAUUUAAUACAAAAUUUCUAAAAAAACCUCAGCCUAUCUUUUUUUCUAAGCCUGGGUAUAUUAUCUUUUUAACGCCUGCUGAUAGGCUUACCGUGAGCUCCUGUUUUUGUUUGGUUGGUUAUUUUUUUACAGCUCCUUCUCAGUUAAAUAACUUAAGUAAGUCCUCUUACUUGUAUAAUAAAUACCCCUGGGUCAGCUUCUAAAACUUGUAGUUGCCACAGCAUAUCUUAAAGCAACAAAAUUUUAAUAUAGCCCCACAUAUUUUUCUUAGUCUCACUAUAUUUCUGAGAUUAAUAUUUUCCAUAUUUAUAAACAAUUUUUUAAGUACUUAGGAACGUUUAAUUUGUUGUGUUACUUCAUUGUAUCAAUGCUCAAAGAAAGAGAUUCCAGUGAGGUCUGUGUUUUAGAGUACACUGACAGAUCUGGAGUCAGGUGUGGGAGAGACCGACACUGAUAGAUUGAAAGACGUCUUUAUGUGGAGGUGCAGUCUGGGUAUUGAGCUUUUCCUCAGAAUUUCUGUACAUACUGGGCACAUUCCGUAGCAUUAACUAACACGUGCACUUUUUUUUAAACUGUAUCCCAUAAGACGCUAAGUUACAGGAGAGAAUUCUUUUUCCCUAAACAAAGCAUAUAAGCAAUGCUUUAAGCUAGCUUGUGCCUUAGCAACCAGUGGCCCAGACUGCAGCCCUUCUGUAGCAGCUGCUGGCAGUUGUGCAAGCAGUGCGUGCGCUCACUGGAUAUGCCUGCAAUCAAAAACUUGCAUGAGCACAGAUGGUUAGACAAUUCCUCUCUGUCUUAAAUAAUACAAUAUCUGAUAGUUUAUUUCUUCUGUGUGCUCUGCAUCCUUUCUGCUACUCUCACAAAUGUUCCACUUUGCAUCCUGCUGUCAGUCCUUCGCCCGCUUAUUUCUAGAAACUUGUUAUCCCUAUAGAGAAUCUGUAUUGGAAAAGUCUCUUGAAACUGCUCUUCUUAAUAGAGCAAGACACAAGUGUUCAUUCUGUAGCAGAACCUCAAAUACACUGGCCUGGCCUAGCUCACAGCUUGAAGUGCAUGUUUCUUUGGGGGUUGGUGGCUUUUCAACUUGUGUACAACAGAGGGCUAACACAUGUAGACCCUCUCCUACUUUGCUUCAAAACUAUCUGGAGAGACAGAUGAGGAUUUUAAUGUGUCCUUUUUAAGCAAGCAAUAUGUUUAGUCUCUGCAAAUGUGAGAGAAGGUAGCUAAUGCUUUACAAACUGGGAGAUGUGAUUUCUGUUUCACAGGUUAUCAGAUUUUCAUAUGAACAUACGGUACUGUGGUGUCAAGUCCAAAUCAAACGUAAGCUGCAACUAAGCAAACUUUGUUCAUGAACUGAAAUGGGGUGGGGGGAGGCUUGAGGGGGAAGCAUAAAAGAAGGCUUGAUACAAGCUUAGAGAAAUGAGGUUGAGACUUCCCGUUUCAAGAAUGAAUUCUAGAUUAAUUUUUCUAAUCAAGUUGAUGUGUGGAUAGGAUAAGGAAGGAAAAAAGUUGACUGACAGAAUUUUCAGGGACAUAGAGUCUCCUUAAACAUUUCUGGCUUGGAGUUAAAGGCUCUAAGAGGAAACCUCGUUAGGAGGUUGAUUUUACUUCAGUUGAGCCCUGUAUAGUACUUUUAAAGCUGUUGGAUUUUAAACUGCAUUUCAAUCUCUACUCUGCUGGGCAGUGUAGAGAAAUACAGCAUUCAUGAAACAUGACAUUAAUUUCAGUGCAGCAAGUCUGUGCAAGAUUUCAGUAUAUGACAUUUUAUACAGGACUGAUCUAGGAAGGACAUUUUUACAAUGAGAGUAGUUUUUAUGUGGGCUUUCUGCAUUGGCUGCAAUGUCAGUUUCAGGGACAUACGCUUGCCUAUUCUUCUAGUAUAUAUUCACUUUUGCAAAGCUACUGCAGUAAUACAAGCCAAUUAAAUGCUUUUGUUGCUGACUUUAAUGCUAUUAAGGUAAUUUUUAGCAAUGAAGGAAUACUGCUAAGGAGCAAUGCUAGUAAAAGUCAGGUGAAGGCACGUGAAAAGCUGCUUCUCAUUAUAUCACACUGCAUAAGUGGCUGAUAGAGAAGAACUGAUCAUAGGGACUGUUCUGGAUAGUUCCAGCAACUGUUUCUUGACUAGAGCUCCAGUUUUCUGUUUUUUAAAAUGGGGGAUUAAUGGUUGGACUGAAGUCUUGCGCAGUCCAUAUAGAUGCUACAUUUUUAGCUGGUCCGUGCAGAUGCAUGUAGAUCCCAAAAGCUUAUGCAAGAUGAGACAAUAAGACACUUGAUGAGGAAUGAGGUUUCAGUCCCUUACUGGCACUUCUUUAAAGCACGUAGUAUGACCUGGAUACAGCCAUUACCUACACAAAUAUCAGCGUUAGAAUCACAUGAUGUAUUUUCUCACUUUUUUUUUUUAACUACUACAAUAAAUAGCAGGUCAACAUUCUCAGCUGCUAAUUUUAGCCUCUUGUUUUCUUAAUUUCAAUCAGGUAUUGUUGUUUGGUUUUUUCAAACAGAAAAGGGUUAUUUAUUUAAUUUGUUUAGAGACAGCAGACUUUUUUUUUUUUUCAGAUAGAGGGAAGAGUUUUAAAGGUUAUUUCAGUAAUUUUUUCAGUUGUGUACCACAGGUAAUUACUGUCAUACAUUAAAACAUUCCACUGAUUUUCUAAGGGAAAAGUUAAUUUAUUUUGUGACUUAGGCUCUAACUAUGCAAUGUUUGAAACAGCUCUCAGCAGGUAGUAGUGCAAAGUAGGACUGUUGUUUGUGUCCUGGGCCAAGUGCUCAGAGCUCCUGUUCUGCAAAUACUUCAGUUGUGUGCAACUAGGCAUGAUUAUGGGCCUAAAGUAAUAGGUAUGAAAGCAGGCCCUGAAGAUGUAUCUGUCUAGUUAGAUGAUGUGAUUGGACCAGAGCCAUGGAGAUUUAGCAGAAGCUUACUUGAUGUUUAGCUGAACGCUGUAUUGCCUUGUGCUACUAUAACACAUAGGUAAGAAACAGUGCGGACUGCAGCUACCCACGAUGUGAUAAUCACCUUGUUUCUUUUCUUUUUGUUGUAAUUUUCUAUGGGAAGAUAGCAACUUGUUCUAUUUGCUGAUUUAAGAAUACUGUCUUCAUUUGAGCAUUAGAACAGUUGAUAACUCGUGAUGAAGUUGUAAGCUGGGUAGCACCUCAGGCUCUCACUGAUGUUUUACAUGUGUGUACCAUGCUGCCUUGUUCACCCUGUACCUGAUACGUAGUAUUUAAGGAGACUGUUUCAGGUUCUUAUCUGAAAUGUUUUUCUGGUGUCUCAGGUGUUUGGUUUUCCUCCCUCAUACAACACUGUUACCAGAAUAUCCUAAGUGAAGAAAGGCAGUAAUUUGAUUAGUAUCAUAUUCCUUGAAGUGCGUAUUUCAGCUGGAUGAAGCUAGGGAACGAGCAUUGUUUGGUCAGAUCAUAGAAUGCAGGGCAGGGACAUUACAUUCAUACUACUUACCAUAUGUGGUUUCUUGCAAGUUGACCUAAAUAUAUAUAUAUAUUUAUAUAUUUAUAUAUAUAUAUUAUAUUUAUAUAUAUUAUAUGUAUAUACACAUUUGCUCACCUCAAAUUUACCCGUAGUACAGAGAGAGGAUAGAUUGAGAUGCAGAAGUAGUAUCAAGCCUAAUGAGUGUUGUUACAGUACUUGUAGAGGGCAACUGCUAGAAAGAUGAACAUAGUGAUAUUUUAAACACCAGUAAUUCUUACACAGCACACACUUUACAAAAAUGUAGACAGUGGUACUAAAAAAAAAAA